AGCAAAUCCAAAAGGUGAACUGAUCCAUUCUUCAACCAUUUCACACAAGCUCUUCUUCUGUUCUCAUGGCUCCGAAACGACGUCCCACUAAGGUAGGAGAGAGCCGAAUGGACGCAGCUCUCGACGCCAUGCAUAUCUAUGGCUUUUCCAAAAAACUCGUUCGAACAACCGUUCAAAGCCUCCUCAAAGUUUAUGGUGGCAACGAGGGCUGGGUCUUCAUCGAAGACUCCAGUUACACUCUCCUUAUCGAUACUCUUCUUGAAAGCCAACUCAAUCCUUCACCUCCGGUUGUUGGUUUGAUAGAGGCUAAUCCAGGAGAUGGUCCCAAUGAGGUAACACCUGCUGAAUGCUCGAACGGUGCCCUUCUAGCAUGCUGUAAAGCGCAAACUUCUGAUGAUAAACCCUUAACUAUUAAGGCCUUAGAGACUCUAACGGUAACCAGUGAAACUGGUUCUCAACUUCCCAUCAAGAGUGUGGAUACUUUUUCCUCAACAAGUGGAACUGGUAGUGUGCAUUACUUGAAGUCUGUAGGUAUAUCAUCGGAAAACAGAAGACCCGCUAAUGAACUUUUAAUCAAGGCUGCAAGUGAAACUCCCAUCAAGGCUGUACCUAUAUCUGCAGCAAAGAAAACUGGUUUUCAACUUCCCAUCAAGAGUGUGGAUAAUUUAUCCCCAACAAGUGGAACUGGUAGGGUGCAUUACUUGAAGUCUGUAGACAUAUCAUCGAAAAACAGAAGACAAGCUAAUGAACUUUUAAUCAAGGCUCCAAGUGAAACUCCCAUCAAGGCUGUAACUAUAUCUGCAGAAAAGAAAUCUGAGUCUCAGCCAGCAGGAAAUUUGGCUUUGCGGGAAAAUCAUGGACCAAAGAUUCCACAGCUUAAUCACAAAAGGCGUAGACCUUGCUAUGGCUGGAUUUCUAGUGAUGAGGAGAACGAAGAUCUAACAGAGCUUAUACCUAAAUAUCCGUUGUGAAAUAUUUAUUUCACAUGUUAGAGAAAAUGGUCAACAAGUGUAAUAAUAAGGACAGGGGUAGGGUAUACGUAUGUGUUAUAUUAGAGAACUAUACCCCUUAUAAUACAGAUCUGGUUCCUGUGUAUAAGUACUGUAGAACAGACCAAAAGAGAUAGGAUGUUUUAUUUUUAUUUUUUAGCAAAUACAUUGAGUUAUAAGAUAAUGUUUUCGUUUAAACCAAA